AUGUCUACAUACAUUUAUGGAAAACUUACUAAAUCAAGAUUUUACACACCAAAUAAAACAUAUUCUCACAAAAUUAGUUUUCCUGUAGGCAUGAUUAUUAAUCAUUAUGUCCCAUGCAAAAUUGAUGACACCAAUCAAUUACAAGUAUUUUACGUGUCUCCGGUCUUUAAUAGCUAUCUAACUGUUGCCGAAGAAAAUGUAUAUAAAUUGUAUGCACUUGACAACAAAAUGACUAUCACUAAAACAGCAAUAGAGCCCAAUAAACUUUAUACAUUUAGGAUUAUAGAAGAAACCAAUUCACUCCGUGUAUGUGAAAUAUAUAAAAAUGAUAUUCUUUGGGUUGGUAAAAAAACUACCGGCAAAAUUAAACUUAAUAAAAAAAAUUGUGAAGUUAUUACGCCUUUUGGCAGAGGAGAGUGUCUUUUACAGAAUAACUCUUACAUCAAAAACUUGAAUGUUAUUUUAUGGAAGAUACAAAACGAUAAAAUGUGGUUUGUAGAGGUUGAUAAUCCUGUUACAGGGAAUAUUGAAGUUACAAUAGAUAGCGUACGUGAUACAUUUAUAUUAGUUUCCAAUGAAAAUAUACGCGGACUGUUGUUUAAAACUACAGAUAAUGAUUUAGAAGAUACUAAACGAGAAAAGAAAGUUUUAAGAGUGUACGUUAAAGAAGAAUUACUCGGUUUUUAUAUUUUUGAUGUGUAUUCUGAUUUAGUACUUGGUGAAUACAUUGAAGCUACAGUCGUUAAAAAAACAGAUUCACAUUUACUACUUAAGUAUCAGUCACAUAAUGGAAUUAUUUCUAAUGGCAAUGUAGAUCCUUUGAUUUUUAAUAAAAAAUUUAGUAAAAUUAAAGGUAAAAUAAUCAAUAUAACUGAUGGAAAGUUUGAACUAUCACAAAUACAACAGAUUAGCGUUCCUUUUGAUAUACAAAAUAUUAGUGAUAGUGAAGAUGUCAAAGAGGAUACAGAAAUUAGUAAUACACUAACAGAUAUAUUAAAUUUAAUAAAAAAAUAUACGGAAGGUAAAAGGUAUAAAGAAGUAACUGAUAUUUUUUAUAAACAUAUUAAUACACUAAAUAGUACCGAUAAAGAUAAUUUAUGUUUAGUAUACUGUAAUUUUUUACAGUAUACUAUUCAAGAUAAGCAUUUAUUGCUAAAAGAAAUUAAAAAAGUGUUUAAAUUGUGUUCUGAUAAAUUAAUAGUUAAAUUAGGACUGGUAUCAGAUAAUAUAGAUAUAAUAGAAUAUUGUUAUAGGAAAUCUACAAAUAAAGAUUUAUACAAGAAAUAUUUAGAAAUGUGUUAUAAAUUGGAUAUUGAAGUAACUGACUAUUCUUACCUUGAUGUAGCAAUAAACUUUAUAUACAAGUAUGAAGAUAUGCCAAGAAUAAAAACAGAAAAAAUAGUCGGUAAUAAUAAAGCGGGAUGGAUUAGUUAUAUAAAUAAUGAGGAUGAUGAUUACAAGCGUAUACUAUUUCGUAGAGUUGUAGAUAUGAAAUGGAAAAUAAAUGAUACUAAGGAGUUUUAUAGAAUGUGGAUGCAAUUCGAGAAGGAACAUAACGGCAAUGUUGAAGAAGUAAGAACACGAGCAAAAGCGUUUGUAGAAAAUAUAAAGAAAGAACGGAUUUAA